AUGCUCCAAUUUCGCCGUCCUGUCCUCCUCGCCGCUCUUGCGAUCAAGCACGUCCGUUGGUCUCAACCAGCACGCUUCAUAUCUCUGACCGGCGCAAUUGAAAAAGGGAUCCGAAGAGGCCAGCAAAGUAGAAAUCGACUGGAAAACCAUUAUGAAAACUCUACUGCGAGUCCUCGGCAAGGCCGCGACCAGCCUUCGGACACGUUGAACAUAGGCGAAGAGGAUGGCAAGACGAAGGUAGUGAUCAUACCAGGCGAAGAAAGGCGGAGAGGCCAAAAAAGACGCAAAGGUCCGAGGACCGUGCAGCCAGGGCAAGAUGCAAAAGGAGCAAAAUCCGUGCGCGCUGAUACCGGAGUGCCGACGUCAAUCCCUUACACCACAGCCGGAUCAGAAUUUCUCUACGGGACGUUUGCUGUCUUAGCUGCGCUCAAAGCCCAGAGACGGAAACUCCACAACCUCUAUCGACUACUUCCUCCAGGCUAUGACAAGGACACGAAGAGAGCUAAAGCUCUCCAACCCAAAGAGUCCGCAGAGCAGGUUCAAAUCCAUAAGCAAAUCCACAGUCUAGCUGAAAAGGUCGGGAUAGCUGUCACGGCCGUAUCAGGACCUCGCUGGCAAGGCGUGUUUGCCAAAGCAUCGGAUGGACGACCACAUAAUGGCUGGAUUCUGGAGGCUUCUCCGAUUCCAAAACUACCUGUCGCGGGCUUGUCAUCUGUAACACAAUCGUCUGACCCUAUCACUGUCUCGGUCGGAUGGGCAUCUGAAGAGGACCGAGAGAUCAAUACUGUGUUUGGCACGUCUGGAAGCAGAGCAACAAUCCCCUCUGUUCGACCCUCCGGUCGGUAUCCUUUCAUGCUCCUGCUUGAUUGCAUCACUGACACUGGCAACUUCGGCGCCAUUGUACGUUCGGCUUGGUUUCUCGGGGUCGAUGCCAUCCUCAUCCUUGAGCACGGCACUGCACCUAUUUCAACUAACAGUGUCAAGGCUUCUGCCGGGGCGUUCGAAUACAUGCCCCUUCUCCAUAUCAAGAAUGAAAGAGAGUUCAUCAGGGAUUCGCGGAAAAAUGGAUGGAAGUUCUUCGCUGCCGAUGCACCGGAGAGUGAUGGUGGGAUGAUGCGGCAAAUUAUGCGUCAAAAGGGCAAGAAAGCCCUGGAUGUUGAGGGUGCAUUGUCGAGACAUCCCUGCGUCCUAGUUCUUGGGAAUGAAGAGACUGGCAUUCGGGACUUUAUGCGAACCAUGAUGGAUGGUGUGGCCGGGAUCCCUAAUGCGAGACCUGACGUUGGAGAGAUUGACAGCCUUAACGUCAGUGUGGCUGCAGCCUUGCUCACUCAGAAGUUCUUUGACGCGGGUCCUGCUGAGCUGGAUAGGCGCGGCCCAAAGCUUUUGUGCUGA